AUGUACUUGCAGAUGGAUAUUGUUUCUUCGCGGCUUGAGUGUAAAAACUCGGGAAAAAUGUUGCGGGUAAGUAUACUGGUUUGGCUGGUGCUUCAGAAUUCAGUGCAUACACUCCUUUUACGUUAUUCGCGGUCACGAAAUGUCAAAGAAAUGUUCGCUUCAUCAGUGGCUGUUUUUUUCACCGAAAUAGUCAAAGUCACUGCAUGUAUUCUUUGCAUUACUUGCCAAGAAAAGGGCUUCAACAAAAUGCUGUAUCUUGUGAAACGACAGGUAUUUGGACGUCGAAGCGAUACGCUGCGCUUAUGCAUUUUCGCGAUGAUUUAUACCGUGCAAAAUAACUUAUUUUACCUGGCAGCAACAAAUCUGGAAGCCGCAACAUUCAUGGUAACUUCUCAGCUGAAAAUUUUUUCAACGGCUGUAUUUGCUGUAACGAUAUUAAAAAAAGCUAUAACGUGGAAGCAGUGGCUUGCACUGGGUAUGCUUUUUGUUGGCGUAUGUCUUGUUCAGGUGCAAGAAAACGAACGGAAAGCAAUUUCUUCAGAGAACCCAUUUUUGGGUAAGAUUUCUUUUUGUCGUCUGAAAAAAAUAUUAUUCGAAACACUAACAAGUGCCUGA